GGUGUUCUUCCCAAUUGUUUCCUAGUUGCCUUCAUCAUCCACUACAUUCAUCUCCUCUGCUUUAUAUCUACUCUUACUUGCUUUUAACUUGCUCACCCCAGUCUCUUAUCAGCCAUGAAUUUUAAUGUCAAUGAUAAUCCUCUUCUCGUCGCUCCUCGACCAGUUCGAAUCACCAGUGCUUACCCGCACCUUGCUCGUUCUACACACUUCAAACUUGUCACUUCUCAAGUUGAUAAUCUAAAACUGUCCGACGACACUGAAAAUAUUGACGACCACAAGCAGCCUACCCGUGUUGACUCCUCAGUUUCGUCCGAUAAGGAUCUCUCCUCUCCGCGAGCAUCGCCUCGGACCAGCCUUCCAUCAGAAGCGCUCGAGGAGUUUCUAUCAAUCUGCAUGGGGUGGAAAUGUCCAUCCUCUCCUGUAUUGCGGUCACGUCGCAACGGUGCUGUAUCGUUGCCUACCUUUGGCCUCCCAUACAGGUCCAGGAGUAGAGUGGAUAUUAUCCACACUAAGGGUGAUCUCUCCAGCAUCACAUUUACCGAGGAGAAUGAAUGGGUCUCUCGUGCACGCUCUCCUCAAACUCUUUACGAGCGAGACGAGCUUGAGAACCUUGAAAUUCAAGACUUCGAUACCCAAAGGUGGAAUAUCGCUAACUCUCUCUCAUCUCCAAUAUCUCGCGCACGCAAUCCAUUUUUACGCCACCCUUCUUAUGAUAUCGCCCUCUGUGGCAUCUCGAAUUUCUCCCAACCAUCCCCUCCAAUCACUCCGGCAACGCCGAUGUCUCCUGCAGCUGUCCCGCUUCCUAUCCCAACCCCUGAUGAGUUAGUCAAGGUUUACUGAACCUCUGGUGUUUAUUGCAGUACCUCGUCUCAUCGUCCUGUCACUACUCUCUUAUAUCUGGACCACAUCCAAGUUUGUCUCCUCUUGCGAUAUACGCUUCUCAUAUGUUAC